AUGACUAAAGAUGAAGGACUGAAAAAUUUGUGGAAUCAGUUUGUUUUCCCUAAUGGUGACUAUUAUGAGGGAGAGUAUAUUAUGGGGAAUUCAGGAGUAAAACGUCAUGGUGAAGGUAAACUUAUAAGCAAGUUUAGGAGUGGAGUAUUGGACGUUGCGAAUGAUAAUACUUCGGUGCAGUCGUCGAAACAUCUUGUGAAGUUCAUUCUUAGCUGUCAAAACAAAAAAGAUUUUGAUAUUUCAAUGCUUAGUGAUUUAUUCGGGGAGUCAGGGCUACAUCAUGGGUGCUACACAGGGCAGUGGGUGAAUGAUAUGAUAGAUGGAUUUGGAAAAGUGGAGUUCGCUUCCGGAUCCUACUACGAAGGCAACUUCAAAGAAAAUAAAAUGCAUGGAUUUGGUACAUAUUAUUGGCCAAAUGGGUACAUCCUGAAAGCCCAGUUUGAACAGAACUACAUCAAACAUGAUUCUGAUCCUGUGAAAGAAGAUACAGACUCAGAAUAUAAUUAUUUGACAGAGUUACCAUUUUCUACAUUUUCAUUGACCGACUCUGAAGAGAUUAAUCAAACACUUGAAGAAAUCAAUCAUUUAUUUGAUAGUCAUUUUAAAACAAAUGACAUAUAUGAACUAUUGAAUAUUGAACAGACAAAAAGUAGACAAGAAGAUGCGAAAAUUAUCAAGGGGAAAAAGAGAAUCAAGCUAUUGGAUACAAUAUUAAAUAGUAAAUUGAGGGAGGAAAAAGAGGUUAAAGAAAAAACUCGAAUUUUACAUAAAGAAAUUGAAAAUGAAUUCAUUAAUUUAUUAUAUCCUGAUAUAAAAUCUAUUCAAAAAUUCAAAAAUAUGAAAAAACAUAACAGUCAGUUGGAUAAUACUGGAGAAAAUUCAAAUCAAUUGGUAUUAGCCAGUGAUACAUUUGAACAAUUUAAUCCUCUUUCAAAUGAAAUAUGUCGAAAUAUAGAAAAAUUUUUAAAAUUAAAUAAGUUAAAUUCAUCACUGUAUGAUGAUACUAAAGUGAAUAAGAAAAAAGGCAAAUUUAUACAUCAGAAUUGUGGGACUGUAGACGAUAUAAAAGAAGAAGGCGGAUUUGCGUGUAAUUCUAUUUUCAAAACGGAGUGCAUGAGUAGAGCUGAAGUGUGCAUGCAGAAGAAAAAAGAAGAAAGAAUAGAUAAGUUACUCGAUGAAGGGACUGGCGUAAAUUCAAGUACAUUCUCAGAAGAUAAUCAAAUGAGUAGUCAGUCAGAAUAUAUUCAUCAGAAUUCAUCUUUUGCAGAAUGUGUAUUCAAUCCAUUUAAUGCGAAAUCAAAAAGAAGCAAUAAGAAUUUUAUUAAACGCAAUAUUGAGUUGGCCUCUAGAUGGAUGGAUGUUAUGCCAAUGACAGCCGAGGAAGAGGCACGUAUUGAAGAACUCUUGGCUGAUCAAGAUGAAGAUAUUGCUAAUAAAGAGGGAAGUGUUACUUUUCAGAAUGCCUUAAAUGAAAAUGAAGAUGCAUCAUACAAUGCUCACAUCUCACCGAAUGGGGAUAACUGUCAACCAAAAAGAAAUUCACCUGGUGCAUUUUGGCUGUGUUUAAAAGGGACAAGGAGAAACAAUCAGUCAGUGAAUAAAGGUCAACAAGAUGCUUUAGAUGCCAGUGAACAACAAUCAGUUAACCAGUUGGUAGUCAAGGAAACCAACAACCAGCUGGAUAAUCAAACAAUUGGAAUGUUAUCUCGAUUGAAUGAAAUCGAAGAACAACUUGAAAAGUUACAAAUUCAAAGAAAAUUAGACGAUGAAAAGUCUCUGGAUGUCAUUUCAUCCACAAAAUCAUCUCAACAGGAAAAUAAGGCACGGAGAGAAUCAAUCAAUCAUCCAGGAGAAUGUACCUUGAUGGCUUAUCAAGAAAUCCGUGAAAUGAAUGAACGUCUUAGCGAGCUUGAUACUCGAUUGGCUCAGAUACAACAGACUAACUUUGAAGAGCUGAGCACAAUUCUGUUUUUAAUUGCUUACACUAAAUUAUGGAGUAAUUCAUCAAGUAAUCCAGUACAAUUAGAAGUUGAUUUGAACAUAUUGGCGCCUAAUAAUUUAUAG